AUGCCACCCACAAGCAUCAUCAUCGCCGGCGCCGGCCCCUCCGGCCUCCUCCUCGCCCUCCUGCUCGCCCGCCACCCCUCUCCCGAUCCCAUCACCAUCACCUUGUUCGAUGCCGCUCACGGCCUCGACCCGCGUCCACGCGCAGCAUACUACGGCCCCGCAGCCGUCCCCGUCCUCGCGCGCGCCGGCAUCCUGCCCGACGUGCGUUCGCGCGGCUACUCGCCGCGGUGGAUGACGUGGAAGAAGCUGUGGACGAAACACCCAUCUUCUUCUUCUUCUUCUUCCUCGUCGUCCAACAACAAAAACGACAACAACGACAACAACGGUGGUGUUGGUGGUGCGGAGCUCUUGGGUCGGAUCGACCUCGACAGCGGGCCGGCGGACCGCACGGCGUGUCUGGCGCUGGACGAGCUGGGGGCGCUGCUGGUGGAGCAUUUGGAGCGGGUGGGGGCGGAGGCGGAGGAGAAGCGGCCUGGGGCGGUGAGGUUGGUUUGGGGGGCGAGGGUUGUGGGGGUGGGGCAGGGCGGAGAAGAAGAAGGGAAGGCGUGGGUGGAUGUGGAGUUUGAGGAGGAGGGAGCAGAAGAAGGGGAAGACGGGAAGAAGGAGGAGGAGGAGAAGAAGAAGAAGAGGGUGGAGAGGAGGUACGCGGAUUAUGUGGUUGGGUGCGAUGGGGCGAGCAGCGCGGUGCGGAGGAGUUUGUUUGGGGAGAAGGAGAAGGGGUUCCCGGGGCGGACGUGGGAGGAGCAGAUUGUUGCGGCGAAUGUCUACUACGACUUCACGCGCUGGGGCUACACCGACGUCCAGUUCUUCAUCCACCCGGAGCACUGGCACAUGGUCGCGCGUCUGGCCGGCCCGCCAAACGAGUACUGGCGCGUGUCGUACGGCGAGCGGUCCGGACUGACCCACGAGCAGCUGCUCGAGCGGCAACCGGCCAAGUUCGCCGCCAUGCUCCCGGGACACCCGCAGCCCGGCGACUACGAGCUCGCCGGCUUCAGCCCCUACCGCGUGCACCAGCGGCUGGCGCCCAGCAUGCGCGUCGGCAGGAUCGUGCUGGCGGCCGACGCCGCGCACCUGUGCAACCCGUUCGGCGGUCUCGGCCUGACGGGCGGCAUCGUCGACGUCGGCGGGCUGUACGACUGCCUUGCCGGCAUCCACGACGGGCUGGCGGACGAGGCGAUCCUGGACGUCUACAGCGAUGUGCGCCGGCGCAUGUGGACCGACGUCGUCGACCCCGUGUCGAGCGACAACAUCCGCCGCCUGUUCGGCCAGGACCCGGACCUCGCGGCCGAGAAGGACGACUUCAUCAAACUGAUCAAUGUCGCCGAGAAGGACGAGAAAGUGAGGGACGAGCUGAGGGCGGGCCUCCAUGCGAUCCAGUACGAUUUCAAGCAGCAUUACCGCAAUGCGCAACCUUCUCCUCCAACUGCUGCAGCAGAAAGCGAUGAGGCGGAGUUGGGAAGCGGUAGCAGGGCUGGCGGUUCCGGUGUCGGCGUUGCCGUCACCGCGGCCUCGAAUUGA